UUAGCACCUCCUAGUUACCACUGCAGCUAAUCAAGCAAGCUAGCUGCAAGCCGAGGAGCCUAGCUCGAUCAAGCAAGGUCGAAAUGAAGGUGGAGUCUAGCGCCCAUGGCGACGCCGCGGCAAGCAAGUUCACGCUGCCCGUGGACUCCGAGCACAAGGCCAAGUCCUUCAGGCUCUUCUCCUUCGCCAACCCCCACAUGCGCACCUUCCACCUCUCCUGGAUAUCCUUCUUCACCUGCUUUGUCUCCACCUUCGCCGCCGCGCCGUUGGUGCCCAUCAUCCGUGACAACCUCAACCUCGCCAAGGCCGACAUAGGGAAUGCCGGUGUAGCAUCUGUGUCAGGGUCCAUCUUCUCCAGGCUUGCCAUGGGCGCCGUCUGCGACCUUUUGGGGCCGCGGUAUGGCUGUGCCUUCCUCGUCAUGCUCUCAGCGCCAACGGUCUUCUGCAUGGCCGUCGUCGAUGACGCCUCGGGGUACAUCGCUGUACGCUUCCUCAUUGGCUUCUCCCUCGCCACCUUUGUGUCCUGCCAAUACUGGAUGAGCACCAUGUUCAACAGUAAGAUCAUUGGCACGGUGAAUGGCCUCGCGGCCGGCUGGGGCAACAUGGGGGGCGGUGCCACACAGCUCAUUAUGCCACUUGUUUUCCAUGCCAUCCAAAAGUGCGGUGCCACACCCUUCGUGGCAUGGCGUAUUGCCUACUUCGUGCCGGGAAUGAUGCACAUCGUCAUGGGGUUGCUUGUCCUCACAAUGGGCCAAGAUCUCCCCGAUGGCAACCUUGCGAGCCUCCAGAAGAAGGGAGACAUGGCCAAGGACAAGUUCUCCAAGGUCCUUUGGGGCGCCGUCACCAACUACCGGACAUGGAUCUUCGUCCUCCUCUACGGCUACUGCAUGGGUGUCGAGCUCACCACUGACAACGUCAUCGCCGAGUACUACUACGACCAUUUCCACCUAGACCUUCGCGCUGCAGGCACCAUCGCCGCCUGCUUUGGCAUGGCCAAUAUCGUGGCGCGUCCUAUGGGAGGUUACCUCUCUGACCUUGGCGCUCGCUACUUUGGUAUGCGUGCUCGCCUAUGGAACAUCUGGAUCCUCCAGACCGCCGGCGGCGCUUUCUGCAUCUGGCUUGGUCGUGCAUCGGCCCUCCCUGCCUCAGUGACUGCCAUGGUUCUCUUCUCCAUCUGCGCCCAAGCUGCAUGUGGCGCUGUCUUUGGCGUUGCACCAUUCGUUUCCAGGCGUUCCCUUGGCAUCAUCUCUGGGUUAACCGGCGCUGGUGGCAAUGUGGGCGCGGGGCUCACACAGCUUCUCUUCUUCACUUCGUCGCAAUACUCCACCGGGAGGGGUCUCGAGUACAUGGGCAUCAUGAUCAUGGCAUGCACAUUACCCGUCACUCUGGUGCAUUUCCCACAAUGGGGCUCCAUGUUCUUCCCGGCCAGCGCUGAUGCCACGGAGGAGGAGUACUACGCUUCCGAGUGGUCAGAGGAGGAGAAGGGCAAGGGUCUCCAUAUCGCAGGCCAGAAGUUUGCAGAGAACUCCCGCUCGGAGCGCGGUAGACGCAAUGUUAUCCUCGCCACAUCCGCCACGCCGCCCAACAAUACACCCCAGCAUGUAUAAGGCCCUUGUUUUCUGUCACCUGUGAAUUGUACGGUUCAUCACGUAUAUAUACAAACCGUAUAUCUACGUCGGCA